AUGAUGCUGCUAGUGGCCACCGGUGGCGUGGUGGUGCUGAUCGCCGCAUCACUGCUGCUCAACUGCUUUCGAGUAGCACAGCAGAAAGCAACGUUUGUGAUAAUCGCUUCUACUUUACCUCUUGCAGAUGGCCCCGGAUUUGGCGGCGUCGUUACUUCUUCGGUUAGUGGUGGUGGUGGUGCCGGCGGCGGGAUAUUGGUCACCGGCAGUGGUGGUGGUGGUAGCGCAGUCGGUGUAGUACACGCCGGGCUUCAAUCGCUGGUGCAUCUGCAGGACCAGGAGGAUUUGAGCAGCAGUAGCUUCAGUUCUGCUAGCCGAGCUUCGUUGGAUUUGCAAGCGUCAUCGUCCGGGUCGCCAACGGCGUCCUACACACCGGGCGGCGGAGGCGGUGGCAGUGUCAGCGGCGGCUCUGGAUCUAGCGGCGGACUCCGCAAAUCAACAGCGGCAGCGAUCCGUGCUUCUCCGUCGUCGCCGUCGCGCUGCUCAUCAUCGUCGUCCCCGUCAACGACGAAGCGAACGGGAGAGUGCAUCAGGGAAGUUGGGCCAACGGUGGGUGGUGAUAAGGGAGGGGGACUUGUUGGAGGUGGCUCGGGGAGGCACCGAGGUGCAGGUCAGAACAGACGGAAAGAUGGGAAUGGAAAUGAUAGACCGGAGGAUAUCGCCGCUUGUGGCUCUGUCGGUUGUGUUGGGGAUAAUAGUAAUGGCAGUGAUGCUGGCAACACUGAACGUCACAUGGAUCUGGUAAGCGGAGUUAGCGUACGCGUAUUUCAAUGGGUUCGAGGGAUGAAUUUUGGAUGCCGACGGAAAGAUGGCGUUGAGGAGAAACGAUGA